UAUAGAUGGCUCAUAUAUGACAAAGGAAAGACGAGCACAAAUAUACCUUGCUACUCAUAAGAAUCAAGAUGGAGUAUAUGUUAAUGAAGCAGCAAAAGAAAUAUGCGAAAAAAUUGAGUUAGCUUUAAGCCAAAGCACCAUAGACGAGUCUCAAAUUUCGCGAAAUGAUGCCGUCGGCAAGGUGCUAGGAGAAGAGCACUCUGGGAGGGUGAGGUGCUUGGGAUUAGGACCUGUCCCCAGUAAAGUUUUUAAACAAGCAAGACCUCGUUUCAGCGGUACAAGUGCUUCAAGAAGUGAAGGUUCAUGUUCGUCCCAAUGUCAACAGAACCAUAAGAAAAUGAUAAAUGCUCAGGAAAAAAUGAUGAAUGCUUUCGUGAUAUAUGAUAAUGAAAAAAAAGGAGACUUCGGGUUCUUUGUGUCAAUGAAGUCGGCGCCAAGUGAUGCGGCGAGUGGAUCCCUUUCGCCCAUGGAUGCAAGAAGAUCAUGCGGUGAUAGUAAUCCUAGUGACAACCGUUGA